UUCUUUUUUUAAUGCUGGAAGGUUCAGAUCUGUGUUUUAGGUGAAAUGCACUCAUGUAACUGACAUUUUCUUUUGCCUCAAUCCACCUCUGCUGCAGUGGUGAGCAUCCCUUCUAUUCGAGCUGCAGCUUGCUUUUUUUUUAUUUUUAAUGGUUCUUUGUAGAAGAAUGAAAAAUGAAGAGCUGAAUAUGCACUAAGCAAUCAGUGAUUAAUGCUUUCAUUGACACAGACAGAAUGUUUCAAAUAACCACAAGCGUGUCUUUUCUUAGUGGCCUCACCUUCUGACACUUGCUAUUUUUUUUUUUAUCUCAGAUCUGUGGAACACUUUGGGGCUUUUCUCUUUUUAUUUAUUCAUUUGCUUGAGGCAGUGAAAGAUGGAACUUGUACCUCGAUUCAAAAAAAGUAAAAAGAAAAGAAAAAGGAAAGUGAGAAACAAAAAGAAAUGUGUGUAUUAUUUAAAAUAAUCUUGUGAAAUCCUAGAACAAGUAUAUUUAAUAUGCUGCACAUUUUAGCACAGCAAAUGAUCUGGAUCCCUCUCACCUCCACGGCACACUUGGACAGAGUUGACAGCUAUGCGUAACGACGCGUGCCUCUAGUGGCACCGUGGAAGGAGGGUCGUCAUACGCACAGCUUUCUGCACUACCUUCCCAUCCAGUACAAACUAAAAGAUUUGUAAAAUGAAAACUGGGUAACGAGGAUCCUUAAAAAAAAAGGAAGAAAAAAAACAACAACAACAGAGGGACGUUCAUCAGUGACCAUCCUCCUGCAAUAACGGUGCGCUACUGGAGCGGAGCGGCUUUCCUCCACUGCGUUUGGAGCCGUUAUCAGAAGUGGAACGAAGGACUGGAGUGAUUAAACUGCAAGAAGCAUUUCUGAGCCACCGAAGUCUGUUGAAAUUCCUCAACAUUUCUCUCUCUUUUUUCCCCCUCUUCUUUCUUUCGGAGGACAGAAUCAGUCGAGGAGAACUAAACUUCCGCAGGCGCAGUUCUCCUCUUCCACAGCGGUGCAGGAGUUCGGCUCGGCUGCUGCUGCCGUGCCAUAGUUGCCUUACUUCCCUGUAAGUCAGAAAGCUUCGUCUGUGAGAGGGUAUAGGGUGGGGGGAGAAAAAGACUCCUGCAGGGCAAUUACAGUCGCAGGUUUUCGCUGAUCCUCCUGUGAGGGACCAGGAGAGGGGUUAUCCUCAUCGUUCAAAGACUGAGAGGCAGGUGGGGGRAAAAAAAAGAAACCCAAGGAGAAUGUUGCACCAAGAACAAURAGUGCAGAGUUGUCGCAUGUACCCAUUUCCACAUAUGUUCCGUAGAAUUCAGUUUUGAUGAGCGAUUCUGACUCGUCUUUGGAAUUUUAAAAGAAAAGAAAAAGUGGAUCCCGCGACUUUGCAACCAUGCGAAAUACUUGGCUGUCUCCCCGGAGUGCGAUUUGGGAAUAUUGGACAUCGCUGAUUGCUUGUCUCUUUUGGAUUCAACACUCUUGCGGGAUGCCUCAUGUUAUACGGAUAGGUGGGAUUUUUGAACAAACAGAUGGACCUGUUUCACUCGUCAGUGCUGAGGAGCUUGCCUUUAAAUUUGCUGUGAACAAUAUUAACAGAAACAGGACUUUGUUGCCCAACACAACAUUAACAUAUGACAUACAGAGGAUUAAUAUCUAUGACAGCUUUGAAGCAUCAAGAAAAGCUUGUGACCAGCUGUCUUUAGGUGUGGUUGCAAUAUUUGGGCCUUCACAUAGCUCCUCAUCAAAUGCUGUGCAGUCCAUCUGCAAUGCACUUGAAGUGCCGCACAUCCAGGUGCGGUGGAAACAUCACCCCAUGGACAACAGGGACACCUUUUAUGCCAAUUUAUACCCGGAUUAUUCUUCGUUAAGCUAUGCUAUUUUGGACCUUGUACAGUUUCUCAAAUGGAAAACAGCCACUGUUGUAUAUGAUGACAGCACAGGUCUAAUAAGGCUGCAGGAGCUGAUAAUGGCCCCAUCAAGAUACAACAUACGAUUAAAGAUUCGCCAGCUUCCUCUUGACACGCAGGAUACAAGACCUCUUCUGAAAGAAAUGAAGAGAAGUCGGGAGUUUCGCAUCAUCUUUGAUUGUAGUCACCACAUGGCUGCACAGAUUCUGAAACAG